AUGAAUGAUAUUGUUGGUUUGAAAAUAGCAGCUGUUGAUCGUUCGAAUACGGCACCGGGUGUUUUACCUUGCAAAAUAAUUGAAAUCAUCGAAAAGAAUGAUUCUGCAAACGUAUUUUAUAGAUUAGCUACAGGAGAUGGUAUCAUUACUGAACUCUUUUCUUCCUCGGAUUUUAUGGACUUAACUCAAACUGUGUCUGCAAAUUUACGGCAAAUUAAGAUCGAUGCAUUACCGAUGAUAACAUUUAUCCAUGCUUGUAAAGUAUUCACGAAAUUUAAAACAAAUAGACCAUGCAAAUGUAUCGGGACAUGCGAGUCUAAUCGUUGUCCAUGUAAAAGGAAUCAAAUUCAAUGUUGUACGAAAUGUCAUCGCGGCAAAUCAAUUUGCAAAAAUAAUACUUGA